AUCUUAUUGCACCCCCUGAGGAAAUUUCCCGGCCCAUGGCACUAUGCUCUUACCAACCUACCCUAUAUCCGCAUGGUUCUCAGCGGGCGGCCUCACGAACGGCUUUUAAAACUGCACGAGAAGUAUGGAGAGACGGUUCGCGUCGCGCCUAACGAGCUGUCAUUUAUUAACCCGGAAGCUUGGAACGAAGUUAUGGGUCAUCGUAACUCUAAUAACUCGCAAUUGGAGAACAACAAAGAUCCUCACUACGUCGAUCCAAGCUCGGGCACCAUGAUCUCGGCGCCUAAACCCGAUCAUACGCGUAUGCGUUCCAUCCUCAACACAGCCUUUUCAUCUCAGGCUAUGCGCGACCAGGCUCCGAGGAUAGCGGCGCACGUCGACCGCUUCCUCGAACGUCUAGAAGAGCUGGGGCGGCACCAGGAGUCUGUUAACCUAGUAAAAUGGUAUCACUUUACCCUUUUCGAUAUCGUCAGCGACUUAACUCUGGGCGAGCCUUUUGGCUGUCUAGAAAGCGGCGAAUACCAUCCCUGGGUUGCGUUCAUUUUCGCUCGCGCAAAUCUCGGCGCGUACGUUAGGACGCUGCUUCGACUUCCUGGCACGGAGAUCCUGUUAAGGUUACUGGUGCCGCGCAAGGUUAUGCGUGAGGCCGAAGAGCAUUUGGCGCAAACGCGCGCCAUGGUAACCCGUCGAUUUCAAAGACUUAUAUCUACUCCGGACUUUGUGGGCUCCAUGAUGAAGGGCAAAGGUUUUUUGGUGAGAAAAGAAAUACUUCGCUUUCCUGAGGAUAUAAACGUGCUUAGGCUCACAGAUUUGUCCCUUUGCACAUCAAAUCAUCAGACCAUGACCAAGGAAGAGAUUUAUACCAACACAGAGGUUCUCAUCAUGGGCGGAUCCGAAACCACGGCUUCUGGUCUUUGCGCCACGACAUUCCUGCUUGCUUCCAAUAAAGACGUUAUGUCUCGAUGCGUAGAAGAAAUUACCACGACUUUUGCUGCCGAAAGCGAAAUAGACAUUUUCAGUGUCUCCAAAUUAACUUAUUUGGAGGCCAUCAUCAAAGAGUCCCUCCGGCUAUAUCCGCCGGCGCCAAACGCGCUUCCGAGAAAAACGCCGCCUCAGGGAAAUAUCAUCAACGGGAAGUUUAUUCCAGGAAAUACGGUCCUGGGCUUGUGGCAAUGGACUAUUAACCGGGCCAGCAUCAACUUCCGAGAUGCUCAUGAGUUCCGCCCGGAGCGCUGGCUCGGAGACACAAACUUCGCUGACGAUCGCAAGGCCGCAUUUCAGCCAUUUUCAUUGGCCAUGGCCGAACUUAGACUUAUAACCGCUCGUCUGUUGUGGAGAUUUGAACUAGAGCUGGCACCCCAAAGCCGGUCUUGGCUAGAUCAAAAUGCCUUUACUCUUUGGGAUAAACCAGCCUUGGAAGUCAUUCUUGGACGCAGGAAAAUGUAAAACUUG